UAUUUUUCAAAUUCAACAUCGACAUGCAUAUUUUGGCAUCACGACAUCGAUUUUCAACUGGAUGCAACAAUAAAAGGCACAACUAAUCAGUUUGUUAAUAUUGGGUUAGAUACUCUAUCGGUUGAUAUUGAAAAAGAUAUCUAUAACUAUAGUGCCAAAGAGGAAAAAUUUUAUAAAAAUAAUUUGGCAUUUGAUUUAUUGAUAAAAAAAUUAACUGUUGCUGUGGAACAUACACACUGUGAGACCUUUUUAGUUUCUCAGGACCACAUACCGAUUUUUGCGAAAGCCUUCCUUAAAGCAAGCGUAUACUCUCUAUGGCGUUCUCAACAAGUUAGAUUCUUAUUCAUCUACUUUAACGGCAAUAACUCCGAGGAUUUCUUCAAUGGGCAGUUAUUUAAAGAUCAAGCAAACAUCCUGAUUAUUGAAGCUGAAAACAAAAACUCUAGUCAAUUCACCUUAAAAACAAAUAAAUUUGUGGGAUCGAUGUGGUCAAAACCAGAGAAAUUGUAUGAAGUUGCGCAUAUCGAUGUUCUAAGUGAGCCCAUGGAAAAUUUACCAAGGUUAUAUAUAGAUAAACUACAAGAUUUACAAGGUCGUGAAGUAGUAGUUGGAGCAUUCGAUUAUAGACCAAUGGUAGUCAUUGACUAUAAUAUUUGGCCCCAAAUGAAUGAUCGUGCUUUGGAUAACAAACGUGGAAGUGUACAUAUAAAUGGAGCUGAAGUUCGUGUACUCUUAACUCUGUGCGAAUUAUACAACUGUACUGUGGAAGUUGAUACGUCUGAAACAGAAGAAUGGGGUUUCAUAUAUGCAAAUUCUACUGGUGAUGGACUAUUGGGUUUAAUAAUUGAUGGAAAAACUCAUACAGCUUUCGGUGGAAUGUAUUCAUGGGAUACAGUCUAUACUUACUUGGAUAUUACUACUUUCUUGGGGCGUUCUGGUAUAACAUGCAUGGUACCUGCACCUAAGAGAAUAAUAAGUUGGUCACUGCCAUUGAAACCUUUUCAGUUUUCAUUAUGGCUGGGCGUUUUGGGCUAUUUGUUUAUAGAAACUAUUGCUUUAUUUGCAACCACUACCAUAGAACAAACUAUAGUGUAUAAUAAGCAGUGUUGGAAAAGUAACUUUUACUUUGGCUUGGUAACAACACUAAAACUUUUCAUAUCACAAAGUUCUCAGAAAUUUGUUACGUCAACUACUGUAAGGGCUCUACUUUUUUCUAUGUAUGCAGUUGAUAUAAUUAUUACAAGUAUUUAUGGUAGCGGAUUAGCUUCGAUACUAACACUUGUGACUCUUGAUGAAGCCGCAGACUCUUUACAACGUCUUUAUAAAUACCAGUUACCUUGGACAGGUUCAUCAGAUGCCUGGGUGACAGCUAUACGUGCUGUGAAAGAUGAUCCCAUUAUUAUGGGUGUUCUAGCGAAUUUUCAUGUUUAUAGUAUCGAUGAAAUGCGUUCUAAAUCAAAAAUUGAAAAUAUGGGUUUUGUAUUGGAACGCAUGGAAUUUGGACAUUUUGGUAAUAGUGAAUUUCUAACUACAGAAGCUUUAAGUCGCUUAAAAUUGAUGAUCGAUGAUAUAUAUUUUCAAUUUACGGUAGCUUAUGUACCACGUCUAUGGCCACUUCUACCAAAAUUUAAUGAUCUAAUAUUGACAUGGCAUUCAACGGGAUUUGAUAAGUAUUGGGAGUGGAAGAUAACUGCUGAUUAUCUUGAUAUCAAACAGCAAAAUCAAAUGAAAGCUUCAAUGUUUUAUAAUUUUGAUAUUGGACCCGUUAAACUGGGUAUUGAUAAUUUCUCUGGUCUUAUAUUAAUUUGGUUUGUUGGUAUGUCGCUAAGUAUUCUGACAUUUAUACUGGAAUUGUGCUUAUAUAAAAAGUAAGAACUUUAUGG